UUGAAGUUACUGUUCUAUUUGCUGUACAUUGAUGAUGCCGAAAACUACUGUUACUCUGAUCGCUCUUUUUGUGACGACUCUUUCGCAGUCAACGUCGGAGACGACAUGCCAGAUUCAAGACCAGCGUGGCUUCCUGAAGUACGUAUGCAAGAAUGGGACUUCUACCUACAACAAAUGCCAUGAUUCUGAGGAAACAUAUUAUUCUGAAUUUCCCCUCAGAGAAGUCUGCUCAAAUGACCCGUUCUUUUACCAAGCUUGUGAUAAAGCAAUUGGAGGACGAAUAACUAACGAUAAGUUCCUCUGUGAGUAUUUCGUGUGUAAAAUAUUUCCGGGGGAUUAUGUUUAUUUCUCAAAUUUAUUAGAAGGAUAUGGCUGGAUUUGUGAUGGUUAUGUGGAUUGUGACUCUGGUAUUGAUGAAACAAACUGUCCUAAUACAACAACAAUAAUGCCGAGUGGUGAAGUAAUCUUUAGUCCUUACAUCUGUAAUGACGUAUGUGACCAUAUGUAUUGUGAAGACGAAGCCCUAUGUAAUGGGUAUACCUAUGGAAUGUACUGCAAUGUUACUGACAAUGAAGGGAACACAGUCUAUAAAUAUAUUAGCCCUGGGUGGAUUUGUAAUGGAUACCAAGAAUGUGACAAUGGUGAGGAUGAAUAUAACUGUCAGGUGACAAAUAAAACAUUGGACACAUGUCAACAUGCUGACACUGGGCCACUGGUGCCAGUUUUCAAUUUCACAAGAUGUUAUGUAUUACAGGUCUUUACACACACUUAUCUGCAUAAUUUAUGCGCGGAUGUAGUUCAAUCAAACUGCACCGACCACUCCAAGAUAGGCAUUAUUUGUGAAAUAAACGGAUAUAUUUCUACAGUCUCAAAGAUCAUGAUUAAUUGUAAUAAAUUCGAUCUGAAAGUGUGUGACGAUGGGAUCGAACAGAUGUGUAAACAGUUAACAGAACCAUGCUUUUUACACAAGCACUUUAUGUGUGAUGGCCAAUUUCAUUGUGAAAACAAAGCUGAUGAAAGACACCCCCACUGUCAAUCUGUCACCCAAGGAACCUGUAAGAGAAGAGUCGGAGAUCUAGGAAACCUCAUGAUACCCUUGGCAUGGUUAGGCGAUGGUAUCCAAGAUUGUGUUGAUGGAAGCGACGAAGCUGCCAUUUGGCCUACCUGUGGAGUUGGAAAAUCAUAUCGACUUGUUUCUAGCGAAGAAGCAUGUGAAAAUGUUUUUGUUUGUCGAUGGGGAAACCCUGGAUAUGUCGAGGUUAAGAAUCUAUGUGAUGGAAUUGAAACUUGCGGAAACGAGAAUGAAAUAUGUUCAUAUUCCCGAAACUCGAUGGAAACAACCCGUCCGUUACCAACAUCAGACAAGGGCCUGACCAAACGGAUUUCUUAUUGUCUGAAAGGUUUAAUGCAGAUAGAAAUGCAAAGAGGAAAAUGUACAUCACAACAGUUUAUUUUUCCAGAUCACGAAUUUUUUGGGGUUGACACCACAACUACUCUGCAUCUCCCCUCAAUCAAGCAAGAUUGUUCAAACAUAUUCGGGGAGCAAUACGUUUAUACUAGCUGUGUAGAUAAAUGCUCAAGCUCUCCUUGUCCUCUCAGGGAAAUUCCAAGAUAUGAGGUCUGUCCAGCCCAAUAUCCAGACCGAGUGGGAACCAUAGCAAACGAAGAAUACCUUGCAUUCUUCACUAAGACACAUGGAGAAGUGUUCACAAACCGAUAUUUUGUGUGUGACGACAAAAUCAGUUGUGUUGACUACUCUCAAGUCUGUGAUUUGGUUAAAGACUGUGGAGAUGGCUCAGACGAAAAGCGUUGUGAUAACCACUUCACAUGUCUAUCUACAUCUCGUUUAAUUCCCAAAGUUAAGGUUUGUGAUGGUUCCUUAAAUUGCAUGGAUGGUUCUGAUGAAUGUAAUGACCUCUGUUCAAAGCACAUUUUACAAAAUGGCUCUCUUAAAGGACUGUCGUGGCUAAUAGGGUCUCUGGCUAUUUUCGCAAAUUCAGUCAUCGUGACAAAGAAUCUUCUGACAUUAACUCGGUGCCAGACUUCAGUAGCAUUGAUGAAUAAAUCGCUCGUUAUAUUGAUAUCUUUUGGAGACUUCUUGAUUGGGUGCUACCUAAUUGUAAUAGCCAUUUACGAUAGCAUCAUUUUCAAGAAGGAUUACUGCCUCCGCCAAAUAACUUGGAUCACAAGUAUCGAAUGUUCUGUUAUCGGUAUUUUCAGUACGAUUGGAUCGCAGAUCUCACUAUUCUCCAUGACAGUUCUCAGCACUGUCAGAAUCUAUGGUAUAUGGAACUCAAUGAGAGUUCCAGGGGAGGUGACCAGGUUGAAAGCAGUUCAAGUAACGACUGGGAUCUUCAGCUUAGCUCUGGCAUCUGCAGCAAUUGCUAUCAUACCGGUUAUCGACCAAUUCGAGGACUUUUUUGUCAAUGGAUUGAAGUUCGACGAACAAUUAAGUUUCUUCAUAGGAACACCUGACAAAAAAUUGAUCCUUGAUGUUCUUGAAGCCUAUUAUGGACGGAUGAAAGCAGCCACUUUAAGUUGGGACACAAUAAGACAAAUGGUUUCUGGAAUGUACUCUCACGAUUUAGAUUAUCAUGAUCAUACUUUGAAACAGACAAAAGUUGACUUUUACGGUAGUGAUGGUGUGUGCCUCUUCAAGUACUUCGUUAAAAGCAACGAUCCUCAAAAAAUCUUCGUUUGGGGUAUUCUUAUUCUCAACUUUUUAUGCUUCAUGAUAAUAACACUAUCUUACAUCCUCAUUGGACUGGUUUCCCUCAGAUCCUCUAAAAGUCUAACAAACUUGCAGGGCAAUAGACAAAUAUCCAACCGAAACCGUAGAAUGAACCAGAAAAUUGCUAUCAUCAUUGGCACAGAUUUCGCUUGUUGGGUGCCUUUCAUCAUAAUCUGUAUUCUCCACUCCUUAGAAGUCCUGGAUGCCACCCCUUGGUACAGUCUUUUCUCGAUGUUAAUUCUCCCUAUAAACUCUGUGAUAAACCCCUUCCUUUAUGAUGAUAUCGUAACAAGCUUUUUCAUCAAUUCAAUGAGGCGUUUUACAGCUCGAAUGUUGGACUCAACAAUUGUUCAAAGCAUCCGUGAUCGUUUCAUGUCGGAUCAAGUUGAAACAAUUGAACUUGAGGAAGUUAGAACUCAAAGAGAAGACUUGGUUCAAGAUCUACCGAGUGGACACGGGGUGGUUCGAGGAAUACAAAACGAACAAGAUUUGGUUUCAGAAACAGCUGAAGAAAAACUAGUGGUCCAAGAAGCAUCAGACAAACAAGGCAGGGACAAAAGGAAAUCGCGGUAUGUGCGGGAUCGCGAUUUUUCCCAUUUUUUGCGACAAUGUGAGAAAGAAACAGCAGAUGAACAAAUAGUUGUCCAAGAAAUAGCAGAUGAAAAAGGAGUGGUCCAAGAAACAGCAGACAAACAAACAAUUGUCCAAGAAACAGCAGAUGAACAGUUAGUGGUCCAAGAAACAGCAGAUGAACAAAUAGUUGUCCAAGAAAUAGCAGAUGAAAAAGGAGUGUUCCAAGAAACAGCAGACAAACAAACAGUUGUCCAAGAAACAGCAGAUGAACAGUUAGUGGUCCAAGAAACAGCAGAUGAACAAAUAGUUGUCCAAGAAAUAGCAGAUGAACAAGGAGUGGUCCAAGAAACAGCAGAUGAACAAAUAGUUGUCCAAGAAACAACAGAUGAAAAAGGAGUGGUCCAAGAAACAGCAGACAAACAAACAGUUGUCCAAGAAACAGCAGAUGAACAGUUAGUGGUCCAAGAAACAGCAGAUGAUAAAGGAGUGGUCCAAGAAACAGCAGACAAACAAACAGCUGUCCAAGAAACAGCAGAUGAACAAAUAGUUGUCCAAGAAACGGCAGAUGAACACUUAGUGGUCCAAGAAACAGCAGAUAAACAAAUAUUUGUCCAAGAAACAGCUGACGAACAAAUAGUUGUCCAAGAAACAGUUGUUGUUCUUUUGAAUGUCCCAUAA